GGCUCCCUGGGGCAGAGCUGUGCCCAGAGGGUGGGGCCGGCCCAGCCGCAGGGCUCCUUCAGCCCCUUCUGUCCCAUCCGGUGGGGCUGGCAGGCAGCAGUGGAGAGGGUGCCUGCCCUCUUGCUUUGAGCCCCUGCCCAGGCUGCCCCUCCCAGCCUGGACACAGGUGUCCCACACCCAGCCUAGGUUCUGCCCCCUGAGCCGCCUGCCUGUGUGGGUAGUCAUGGCCUGGAGGGCAGGUGAGCAGAGCCAGGGUGCGGGGAACGGGCUGCAGAAGGUGCUGACGCUGGACACCAUGAACCCCUGCGUGCGGAGGGUGGAGUACGCGGUGCGGGGCCCCAUCGUGCUGCGGGCCCUGGAGCUGGAGCAGGAGCUGCGCCAGGUAUGCCCAGGCUGCACCUGGCCGCUCACUGUGGUCGUCGGAGCCAACAUUGGGGACGCGCAGGCCAUGGGGCAGAAGCCUAUCACCUUCCUCCGCCAGGUGCUGGCCCUGUGCGUGGAUCCUGAGCUCCUGGGCAGCCCACACUACCCAGACGAUGCCAAGAGGAGAGCGGAACGCAUCUUGCAGGCCUGCGGGGGCCACAGCCUGGGGUCCUACAGCGUCAGCUCUGGCAUCCAGCUGGUCCGCGAGGACGUGGCGCGGUACAUCGAGAGGCGCGACGGGGGCAUCCCCGCGGACCCCAACAACAUCUUCCUGUCUACCGGGGCCAGCGACGCCAUAGUGGUAGGCUGGGCCAGGGCAAGAAGACACAGCAGCUCUUUGCCCUCGCCCUGGCGUUCCCGCCUCACUCUGGAACGGCGGGGCCCCUCCCUGGCGGGCGCACGGCGGCCGGGUCCGCUGGUCCCCGCCGCCGAGCGGAGCGCAGAGCACACAGGACGUGUGAUCCGCUGACCCUCGCGUGCCACGGUCUCGUGCGUCCCAGGGCAGGUGCAGACCCGCGAGAGCAUCGAGGCCGUGAUCCGCUUCGCCUUCGAGGAGCGGCUUUUCCUGCUUGCUGACGAGGUGUACCAGGACAACGUGUACGGCGAGGGUUCGCGGUUCCAGUCCUUCAAGAAGGUGCUCACGGAGAUGGGGCCGCCUUACUCGACACAGCAGGAGCUCGCCUCCUUCCACUCCGCCUCCAAGGGCUUCAUGGGCGAGUGCGGCUUCCGCGGGGGCUACGUGGAGGUGCUGAACAUGGACUCUGCCGUGCGGCAGCAGAUGUUGAAGCUGAUGAGCGUUAGGCUGUGUCCGCCGGUGCCGGGCCAGGCCCUGCUCGAUGUCAUAGUCAACCCACCCGCGCCCUCCGACCCCUCCUUUGCCCAGUUCCAGGCGGAGAAGCAGGCAGUGCUGGCAGACCUGGCUGCCAAAGCCAGGCUCACGGAGCAGAUCUUCAACGAGACCCCUGGCAUCCGCUGCAACCCGGUGCAGGGCGCGAUGUACUCCUUUCCCCGCGUGCAGCUGCCCCCACGCGCUGUUCAGCGGGCUCAGGAGCUGGGUCUAGCCCCUGACAUGUUCUUCUGCCUCUGCCUCCUGGAGGAGACUGGCAUCUGCGUGGUACCCGGAAGCGGGUUUGGGCAGCGAGAGGGAACCUACCACUUCCGGAUGACCAUUCUGCCCCCUAUGGAAAAGCUGCGGCCGCUGCUGGAGAAGCUGAGCUGGUUCCACACUAAGUUCACACGCGAGUACUCCUGAGGCUCCCAGCUGAGCCCCGAUGGGCUGCAGCCAGGGUGCUGGAUCUCCGGAGCCCUCUGGACUCCGGCUGGGCCUUGCCUUUGCAGUUCUUAAUAAAGCCGGUGGCAGUGUGAGCCUUGGG